ACAUUACAUCUUAAUCCAUAAUUAGAUAUUGAUCAGACAUAAUAUUUAGAUUUAAUGAAGUCUAAGUUAUUGAGUAAUCGAGGAUUAGAUCUGUGUAAUCCAUCCGGCCCAAAUCAUCCUUAAAUCUUGACCAUCUUGUGUUUUUGCCAUCCUAUGCAACCAAAAAGUGCAGGGAAUGUAAACCCCACAAUGUUGAAAUUCUUAUUUGUCCAUUGAUAGCCCUCAGUUACCUUUUUAUCCUAUUUAUAUAUAAUAAUCUUCUUCCUACAACCACCAUGAAUAGUCCACGCUUCAGAAAUCUUUUAAGCCAAUACAGAAUGGUAGGUUGCAUCUCCACUUUUGUAUUUUCACUAAUCAUAGCACAUUAGCUUCUUUAUACAGAAAGAAAAAGAUGCAGUUUCUUGAAGAGCUGGCUCAUUUUAUACACUACUUUUUCUCUCCUCUCUAAUGCUCUAAUAGCCACUUAAAUUAAUUGUAGUCAAAUGAGUCUUCCUUUAUGUUUAUAAAGAAAGAUAUGGGAUGUUUUGAUCAGAGGAAGAAAAAGGAAAGAAGGUUGGUAGUUGGAGCAGGCUUUUUAUGCGUUUAGGUUCUUUUCCAUUGCCUUGGGUAUUGAAGAUGCAAAUUUCUCAUUUGCUAGGUUCAUUCACUAUUUCUGCAUUAUACAAUGUUUUUCUUUUACCCCUUGUUUCUUGCUCAUCUCAUGGGGAGGUUACUGCAUCCAGCAAUCACAAGGGCAUUAAAGAACACAAGCAGAGUACUCAAAUGACAUCUUAUAUGGCUGUUCAUGGCCUUCUCCUCUGGGUUUCAAUUGGGUUCUUAAUGCCUGUUGGGAUACUUACAAUUAGAAUGGCCAACAAAGAGGAAAGUGGGAGGAGGGUAAAGGUUUUAUUCUAUCUCCAUGCAAUAUUGCAGAUGCUUGCAGUGCUGCUUGCAACAAUUGGAGCUGUUAUGUCCAUAAAGAAUUUUGAGAAUUCAUUCAAUAACAGCCACCAAAGAUUAGGUCUAGCCCUUUAUGGUGCCAUUUGGAUGCAAGUCUUGAUUGGAUUUUGCAGGCCUCCUAGAGGAAAUAAAAGAAGAAGCACAUGGUACUUAACACAUUGGAUUCUUGGAACAGUAAUAUCUCUGAUGGGGAUCAUUAACAUCUACACUGGUUUAAAAGCCUACCAUAAGAAAACAUCAAGAAGUACUGGUAUUUGGACUAUACUUUUCACUGCUGAGGUCUCUUUCAUUGCUUUCUUUUACCUCUUCCAAGACAAAUGGGAGUACAUACAAAAGCAAGGGCUUAUAUUAGGCAAUUCCCAGCAGCCAACCCCACCUUCUGAUCAAGAGAAUGUGCUCACUCAAAGGGAUAACGAAAAGAUCUUGUUGCCUGAACCAUGUGGCAAGCGUAAUGCACUUGGGAAUUUGUUUGACUAACUUCGGAUUCUUUUCAUAUGUUUUUAGUUUCUUCUUUUUUACAAAUUGAUCUAAGUAGUCAAAAAAUUUCAUACCCUACUUUUUGAUGCCUUUCAUGCUGAUAGAAAGCACAUCCCCAUUGAAGAAUAAUUCAGAUGGAGUAUGUUUAUAUGGAUCAAAAAGUGGAGUAUGAAUAACUUAUCAUUUGUCUAUAAUAGAUAUUUAUUUUGUUGUGAUGAAUAUUUGGAUUUUUAGGUACUUGAGAUGCAGGUGUUUAUAGCGUGAUUAUGUUUGAGAAAUGUAAUAAAAAUUUGUAAACUUCUCAUGUAUCUGGAUGCUGAAUGAAUGAAUGAUGAGGUAAUGAUAUUCUACU